UUAUUUAGCUUUGAACGCUUCAUUUGGACUCUUCAUUCAAUCUUAUCAUAGUAUUGUUUCAGAUCCAUCGAGUUUUCCAAUAACUGAAGAUGCCGACGAAGUUGAUUUUGCUGCUGGUUGUCGCCAACUUCUGGGCAACAACGAUUGGAGAAGAGUGCGCUGAUCCAAAUGCAAAAAUACAUAUUUGCGGUCAGAUUUGUGCCCCGUCGUGCGGCAACUUGACCACCGUUGAAUAUUUGUGCCCCGCAAAAGAAUGCAAUGCCCAGACUUCCGGCUGUCGUUGCAACCCCGGAUUCGUUAAUUUGGGAAAUUCCGACGAAUUAAUAUGCGUACUGCCUCACAAGUGUCCACCGAAGAAGAAGAAUGAUUCGUGCCAGAGUGCCCAGGCAAAGAAAAUAAUUGGCGAUUGUUGUAAAUGAAAAACGAUAAGAAAUUGAUUGGCUUUAUAAACGAAAUUCCUGGAAUUUUUGGUCGAUCCUCCAACACUUAUUGCUUUGUUGUAAGCAGAGAAAAAUGGGAAGAAUAAGAUGAAAGUGAAAAGAGUGAAAAGUGAAUCAGAAGUACAAAAAAAGCAGCUUAUUGAAGGAAAAACAUUCUGCACUGGGUUCUCUCGAAUCAUUCUCUACUGCACUCUCCAUUCUCAUCGUCCUUUUCCUUUUAUUUCAUUGCGCUCCUUUAUUAUUUCUUCCUUUUUUUAAACACCCUUUCAUUUGAUCUACUCGCUGCCUUUUCCCGUUGCUGUUGUAUUAUUGAAAAGCAUUUUUACUCCAAAUAUUUUUUCAUUUCAUCUGAGCCAACAACUCGUGCGAAACUCUUUUACGUGUCCUUCACUCAAAGCGUCACUUUUUUCUUGCAUUUUCGUGUUCACGGGACUGAAAAUGCAUGGAAACCUAGUCGGCGUUGUUAACUGAGAAUCACCCCUUUCAUGAUAUUACGUUGUACACUCGAAAUACAAGUGAAAACAAGUCAAUGGAAAUAAAAAAAAACGUCCAACUACGGGACUUUUCCUCCAUAAA